AUGGAGAAGAACGGCGCUCCUCCGUGCGCCCCGCCGCCGGCGGGCUCCCAAGCCGGGGUUCCUCCAGCCAACCUCUCCGCCGCCGCCGCCCCUUCCCACAACUGCAGCUCCUCCGAGGAGGACUACGUCUACCAGGACUCCGUGGCCCUGCCCUGGAAAGUGCUGCUGGUCCUGCUGCUGGCGCUCAUCACCCUGGCCACCACUUUCUCCAACGCCUUCGUGAUCGCCACGGUGUACCGGACGCGGAAGCUGCACACCCCGGCCAACUACCUGAUCGCCUCGCUGGCCGUGACGGACCUGCUCGUGUCCAUCCUGGUGAUGCCCGUCAGCACCCUGCAGACCGUGGCCGGCCGCUGGACCCUGGGCCAGGUGGUCUGCGACUUGUGGCUCUCGUCGGACAUCACCUGUUGCACCGCCUCCAUCCUGCACCUCUGCGUCAUCGCCCUGGACCGCUACUGGGCCAUCACGGACGCCGUGGAGUACUCGGCCAAGAGGACUCCCCAGAGGGCGGCCGUCAUGAUCGCGCUGGUGUGGGUCUUCUCCAUCUCCAUCUCGCUGCCGCCCUUCUUCUGGCGCCAGGCCAAGACCGAGGGCGAGUGCACGGUGAACACCGACCACAUCCUCUACACCGUGUACUCCACCGUGGGCGCCUUCUACUUCCCCACCCUGCUCCUCAUCGCCCUCUACGGCCGCAUCUACGUGGAGGCCCGCUCCCGCAUCCUGAAGCAGACGCCCAACCAGACCGGCAAGCGUCUGACCCGGGCCCAGCUCAUCACCGACUCCCCGGGGUCCACGUCUUCCGUCACCUCCAUGAACUCGCGCGCCCCGGACCUGCCCAGCGAGUCGGGGUCGUCCCCGGUGUACGGGAACCAAGUCAAAGUGCGAGUGUCCGACGCCCUGCUGGAGAAGAAGAAGCUCAUGGCCGCUAGGGAGCGCAAAGCCACCAAGACCCUGGGCAUCAUCCUGGGAGCGUUCAUCGUGUGCUGGCUGCCCUUCUUCAUCAUCUCCCUGGUGAUGCCCAUCUGCAGAAACGCCUGCUGGUUCCACCAGGCCAUCUUCGACUUCUUCACGUGGCUGGGCUAUCUCAACUCCCUCAUCAACCCCAUCAUCUACACCAUGUCCAAUGAGGACUUCAAACAGGCCUUCCAUAAACUGAUACGCUUUAAAUGCACAAGUUGA